AUGUCAAAAUUCAUACCCAGAUCAACGUUUCCCAACUAUAACAUUCCACUAUCUAACUUUAAGGGCCAUCAUCAAAAAGCAUUAUCAAAACUCGGACAUCUUUCUCCACAACUAGAUUUGAUAUUAGAAGUACGAGAUUGUCGAGCUCCAAUUGCAACCACAAAUGUUUUAUUUGAUAAAUUAUUAUCUACAAAGAGGAAACUAAUACUAUAUAGUAAAAAGGACUUAUCAAUACUAAAACCAAACCUACUAAACAAAUGGCAUAGCUCUAAAAAUGAAAGUUACAUGUUCAUUGAUUGUAGGAAUAGAACAGAUUGCAAAAAAAUAAUAACCGCUAUCCAAAAAAUUUAUGAAGAUUUAGAGUCCAAACCUCCUUUAGGAAUGAGAUUAAUGAUUAUAGGAAUGCCCAAUGUUGGAAAAUCUACAUUGGUAAAUACAAUGAGACAAGUUGGGCUAGGUAAUGACACCACCUCUGUUUCUACAAAAGUUAAAAAAGUUGCUAAAACAGGUGGUCAACCAGGAGUUACUCGAUCCACAAGUGAAAUAAUAAGGUUAUCUAAAGACCCAGAAGUAAUGGUUUAUGAUACUCCUGGAAUUUUUUUACCAACUGUUAAAAACGCGGAUACUAUGUUAACAUUAGGAUUAGUUGGUUGUAUACAUGAUUCAUUUAUUGAUCCAGUUAUAUUAGCUGACUAUUUAUUAUUUUUGUUAAAUCUACAAAAUCCAACGGGUAAGUUAUACUCAGACUAUAUGUCUCAUCCUACUAAUGAUAUUUAUGAAUUAAUGUUUAAUAUAGCAAAAUCAAGAAAUACUUUAAAACCAAACGGAUCAUAUGAUGAAUUAGGUGUUGCAACUCAUUGGAUUAAUUUAUGGAAACAAGGUAAAUCUAAAAAAUAUAAAGGUCUUUUUGACUUGGCUGCAAUACAAGAUGUUAAUGAAGAAAAAUGGAGCGAAAUAAAUAAUUUAGAAAGAGAAAGAGUUGGAUUAAGUAAAGUAAAUCAAAAAUUAGUUGACAGUUUUGGAAACGAUGGUACUUCUAAAAACUUUAAUAGAAAAAGAACAGCAAAAGAUAGAGAAGCAGAUAUGAAAAACAGAUUGUUCAAACUUUGA